AUGGUGGCCUGGGUGACCAGCCUGACUUGCCGCCAUUUGCGGCGGUUUCCGUCUGCAUGCAGCAUCCAGCUCAGGCAUUGUGCCUUUGAGCAGAGCCCGCUGGAGCAAAGCCCUCAAACCGCGCGAUCUCGCCUGGCCCAAGCUCGCCUGAGGUUCGUUCUGCGGCACAGCGCGGUGCUCGGGCCCAUGAGCACCUCCAUCGGCCAUGCCGGAUACAUCAUGGGAAUGCUCGAGUACGGGGUCACCGAUAUCUGGUGGCUGCGGGUUUGGGCCAUCUCCGGUUGUGGCAUGGUCGUUCUCUUCCAGCUGCUGCAGCCGCAGUGCCAGUGGCUUUCGGCUGGUUGGUGCUUUGUCUACGUGAUGGUCAAUAUAUUCCAGAUGAUGGGGGAAGGCGAGCAGCCGGACCCACCCUUGACAGAAGAUGAACGGAAGCUUUAUGAUUUGCUUCAGAGUCGAAUCAGUGUUCGUGAGUUUGCUGAUCUGGCCUACUACGGAGACUGGACAGUAUUCUGUGCCGGUGACCUGCUUUGCGAGCGGGUCGGCGAAGCUGCCCCGCAGGGACUGGUGGACAACAAGGAGAAGUGCUUGUACCUCAUCGCAGAAGGAAGCUGUGAGGUCUCUGCAGCAGGACGCCACAUCACACUUCUGAAGCCGGGAAGUGUGGUCGGGGACGUCGUCCACCUGCUGGAUGCGCUGAAACCCACGGACUCGCAGUUGAGUGGCAGCUGCAAUUUGCCCACGCAGGUGUCUGCACAUGAGAAAGUUCGUUGCCUGGCCUUGCCCGUUGCAGAGGUGCAGACAUUGUGGCGGCGGCGGCCAGAUCUGCACACGCCCAUCAUCAAGCUUCUCUCUUCGAGUCUCCUUGCAAAGGAGGGCUGCGUCCUGGGUGAGGCUUUGGAAGAUCGCAGGUACAAGGCAGUGCUCGAGGUCGCCUGUCCCAUGGUAGAUCAGCCUGGGGUGGCAGAAGGAGUGGCCGCGUAUCGGCGCCGAAACAGCAUCUCCUCCGACGCUCACAAGCGAUUGCUCGCCGACGUUUCACAGUGUCCACCCGGUGCUUUUCUCGAGCACACGAAGCCUGGUAAAGAAGGCCGAUUGGUUCAUCGAGGACUUCAUCAGUGGUUCCAGCGCGGAGAAAAUCGUGUAAACGUUUGUCCUACUGCAUCUUUCCCAAGUGCACACGCCUGCCAGUCAACUCGGCAGCCCUCUGUUACAUUGCCGUUCCGUCUGGCUCCAGAUCCGGCCCUUCGACGCCGCAGAAAUCCACUGAGAACAUACUCAUCAGACAUGUACGUCUCACCUUUGCGCAGGGCGGAGGUCAUUUCAGCAACCUAG